AUUCUAAUCCAUUGCAACUUACGCUGGCAUCCUGAUGGCUGAUGUCUCUUGUGUUUUUAUUGGAUCUGCAGGCGUGAAUACGUAGCCGGACCAUUGCGGACAAUUAUGUCAUCGCCAGAGCAGAACCCCCGGGUUUCUGCUGACGGUGGUGUAGUAAAACGGAAGCGCCCCGCUGCGUGUGUUCAUUGUCAUCAGCGCAAAGUUCGCUGCGAUGCCAGAACUGUCGGAUUGCCUUGCUCCAAUUGCCGAACUGCCGGGAAACAUGACUGCCGAAUUCAUGAGAAGAAGAAGCGGGCUGCUGUUCGAUCUCUUCAGCAUCCGGUUCCCAUCCGCUGUGCACCACUCGCAGACAGAAAUGCCACCCAAGCCCACCCCCCAUUGCCCACCCCGCCGUUUAAGGCCAAUAGCACAUCGCCGCCGUAUAUAAGUAGCCAGAAGGACAGACCGGACCCUCCAGAAGCGUUACGUGCAGAUGCAAGGGCCGAAGGCGCCGAUGCCUCUCUUGAUGAGGAGGAUAAUCGCGAAUCAGACCGCCAUUUGGUUAAAUUGAUUGAUGAGGAUCUGCGCCAACGCUCGAUAAAAAAGGGGGUCAGGGUUAUAUACGUUGGCCAAGACGUGUCGAACUUGAACUUCUUAUUGCGCCAGCAGCAUACAGACGAAGAUGACGAAGUGUACCACUUUGCACAAAACGAAAUCUCAAGAAGGUAUAUCCAAGGGUUUGAACAUGUCCCAAGAGAGGCAUUUGUGCUGCCGGAGCAAGCGCUUGCAGAUGAGCUCGUGGCGGCGUAUUUCGCCCACGUCAACCCCGGUUGUCCUAUUAUCGACGAAGAAGCGUUUAUGGCCCAAUACAGACGUCGAGACCCGGCAGAUCCACCUUCCUUGCUAAUCCUCCAAACUAUUCUUCUUGCCGGUGCCCAUGUUCUUCGUCCACGACCGGCACGCGAUGCGUUGAAAUCCUCUUUCUUCCGCCGUGCCAAAAUUCUAUUUGAAGCUAGGGUGGAACGAAACAGGGACAUUCUGGUGCAGGCUGCUCUUCUUCUCACCUGGCACUCGGACCCAGUGGACGAUGAUGUCGCUGCAAAUGCUCAUUUCUGGGUUGGAGUGGCUGCAAGGAUAGCUACGGGGCUGGGAAUGCACCGUAAUGCAGGCCCUAGUAUGCUCGUUCCACAUGAUAAGCGGAUGUGGCGCCGGGCUUGGUGGAUUCUAGUCCAGUUUGACGUACUGGUAUCCUUGCAGUACGGCCGACCACAAGCCAUAAAUCUUGAAGAUUGUGAUGUCCAGCCUCUGACUGCAUCCGAUUUUGAGGGCUGCGGUGAUCGCGUGCAGGUAGACUACGUGAUACAAUAUACAGAGCUUUGUUGUAUGAUUUCGUUCAUUAUGAGAGAGAGAUUUGGCCUGCGAGUCAGUCCAGAACGGCGAAAAGCCGCGCUUCUGGAUGCCGACAAAGCACUUGCGAAUUGGUCCCUCAAAUUGCCUGACAACGUCCGCAUGUCCACCACUGAUGUGGAUUCAUGGCCCGCAUUGCUCCAUCUUACUUACAAUAAUUUUCUUAUCCUUCUUCACCGCCCUCAUCCCCGAGCAUCGGCCUAUUCUGACGAUUAUGGGCCUAAUGAUGCAGAAAUCUGCAGUGCAGCUGCCGGUGUCAUCGUUUCAAUAUUCGAAGAACUGCGGGAGAAGGGUCGUAUAAAAUACCUCUGGGUUUCGGCGGUGAACUCUCUAUUCACGGCGAUGAUUCAGAUUAGGGUAGAACUCCGGUUCUCCAACCCCGUAUUGGCGAUAAAUGCCCUUCGACGAUUCGAUUCCACUUUGUGCUCCUUGCGCGCGCUUUCUGAUUAUUGGCUUGGCGCCGAAACUAUUUUACGUCUGUUUGAGAGCUCCAAGCGUUUGAAGCAUGAUAUGGAGAUGGUGAAAAUGAAACAACCAAAUAGUUUACCAAAAGACGGAGAACUUGUUGUGAAAGAGCCCACCAACAACUCCACACCACAAAUCGAUGUUACGACUCCUCAGGGGCCAAUGCAGCCUUGGUAUCAGAAACCGCAGCUGAAUGAGCGACUCAACUAUUUCGCCAAACAGUCUCCCGCUCCCGCAGCUGAAGGUCCCCCACAGACUGACCAGGUUGGCGAGCAUGGAGACUGGAGACAAUUGUUUUCUAUCGUCGACUCCGAGCCUUGUGGACCUUUUAUACCCGAAAAUCUAACUGACAUGGAAGAUGAAUGGCGUGAGCUAUAUUUGCAUGAACCGGCCAUGACAGACUACUUCCAGGAUACUGCAUGGAUCCCCAUUUGAGGGACUUUGGAAUACCUGCAACAAUUGCUGUCUUGACCGAAUGGUUUUUGGCCAGAAAAAUAAGCUAUAUUGAAUGGAUUAUCGUUAAGUCUUGAUAUCCGUUCGAGGAUCCUGGAUAUUGCCAGCAUGGUGUAGAGGCAGGGUGAAAGCAAGCUAUCGUGAUGAAUGGAUUUAUGUUAACGAAAUAAGGCACGGACACCACAUCUAAUACGUGGAAGACUUAUUUUAGUCUCUUAAUGGUACGCAGCACGCUUGUUACUCAUCAAUACUAUUCUUCUUGCUAA